CGUCGAUAGUGGAUUUAUUGGGAUCCAGAUUGCCAUGUAGUAUGGCAAACAGACCUUGAACGCAUCCCUAGCGCUUGUCUCGAGUCGUCGUGGGCUUGAAAGGGUGUCGUGUGGUCGCGACUAGUAAGCACGUCGUUUCUUGGAUGUGAGGGUUAGGGUUAGGGUUCCAUAUUGAUAAUCUUCCUCCGUACACGAAGAAAAAGACGAAAAAUUUGCACUGGUGCUCCAGAACAUAGAUAUAUAUGGUGAAAAAGCCCAACUGUUGUUUUGUGAGAAGCAUCAGGAUGGUGGUGGCUUAUGAGGACCAAACAUUCAACUCCCUGCGGAAUCGGUGUCGCCAAAAUAAGGUCCUGUUUGAGGACCCCCUGUUUCCCGCCACUGACCAGUCGCUCUUCGACCAGAGGAACCACAUCGGCAACGUCGUUUGGAAGAGGCCGAAGGAGCUAUGCCAAGAGCCUCACCUUUUCGUGGAUGGCCUGAGUGCCCACGAUCUCCACCAAGGUCAGUUGGGAAACUGCUGGUUCGUGGCAGCUUGCUCGACUCUGGCCACGCGAGACAGCCUUUGGCAAAAGGUGAUUCCCGACUGGCAAGAUCAGGAGUGGAAAAACGACCAGCCCGACUUGUACGCCGGUAUCUUCCACUUCCGCUUCUGGAGGUUUGGCGAGUGGGCAGACGUGGUGAUUGACGACCGUCUUCCCACCCUUAACGGCAAGCUGGUCUACUGCCAUUCCGACGAUCCCAGCGAGUUCUGGAGCGCCCUGGUGGAGAAGGCCUAUGCCAAAACUUUCGGCUGCUAUGAGGCGCUCAGUGGCGGUAACACGGCCGACGCGCUAGUGGACUUCACAGGUGGCGUCUCGCAGACCAUUUGCAUGGAGGACAGCGGUGCCAAAGAUCAAAUGGAGAAGCAAGCUGAGCUGUUCUUGCGAGUUGUCAAAGUCCACGAAAGAGGAGGACUCAUCAGCGCCUCAAUAGAGGCAAGCGGCACAGCUGAAAUGGAGUCUCGCCUACCCAACGGCCUUGUCAAAGGUCACGCCUACGCCGUGACGGCUGUGCGGCACGUGCGUCUCGGUCACGGCUUGCUGGCCUUCUUUAAGUCUAAUAAACUGGAAAUGAUUCGGCUGAGAAACCCCUGGGGCAGCAGCGAGUGGACCGGACCUUGGAGUGACAGUUCAGCGGAGUGGAAAAAUGUCAGCCAGCGUGAGCGCGAGAAAAUUGGCGUCGUCGUGCAGAAUGAUGGCGAGUUCUGGAUGACGUUCAGCGACUUCAUCGCCAACUUCACGCACAUAGUCCUGUGCCGCCUGAUCAACACGUCCUACUUUAGCUUGCACAAAACCUGGGAGGAAGUCACGGUGCACAGCUCCUGGCGUCGCCACGACAACGCACUCAUGAACCGAGCCGGGGGCUGCAUCAACAAUAAGCAGACCUUCCUCCAGAACCCGCAGUUCUUGUUCGACGUCUCGAAAGCUGAGGAUGAAGCCCUCGUGUCUCUGCAGCAGAGGGACCGGAGAGCCUCUCUGAGACAAGGACGGGGAGAGAACUUGGCCAUCGGUUUUGAAAUACAUAGGGUAGAGGUGAACCGCAAGUACCGCAUGCACGCCCCCCAGCAGAGAGUAGCCAACAGCCCCUACAGCAAUGCCAGAUCUGCAUUCCUGCGCGUGGACCUGAAAAAGGGCCGCUAUGUCAUCAUCCCAACCACCUUUGAACCCAACCUGGAGGGAGACUUUCUGCUGCGCAUCUUCACUGACGUGCCAUCACACGGCAGGGAGCUUAUUUUGGAUCAGCCGCCACAUACCUGCUGGACCGGUUUGUGUGGUUUCCCGUCUCUGGUCACUCAAGUGCAUGUCCUCGAAGGAAAAGAACUUGGAGCUAACAACACAUACGUGACCGUCCGCUGCGAAGGCCGCUCGAUUCGCUCUCCGGUGCACAGACAAACUCGCACUCCCAACUUCGACAUCAAGGCCAUCUUUUACAGGAAGGAUGCAAGCCGGCCAGUCGUCAUCAAGGCGUACAACCGCGAGAAGCUGUGCGACUCGUUCCUGGGCGAGCUAAGGCUUUCCACAGAGUCUGGCAACGUCAACGAUACGCUGCACCUGCAGGCUGAAGGCGGUCGGUUAAACGCUACUCUGACCGUGGUUAUGGUAACCAGCGCCACACUCACCAGCAUCUGAGACGCCACACUUUUAUUUCAUUGGUUGCCACUGACAACGAUAGACAUUUUGAAUGCUCGUGUUUCAGUGCCAAUGACGGCGCUAGGUGUCCAAUUUAUUUUGAAUGGGACGGGGCUUCGUUCAUGCGCCCCUUCAGUCAAAAUAAACUGGACGUCUAGCGCUGUCAAAGGCAGCCAAUGAGGUAACAAUCUUUUCUACAAAUUACUUUGAUUUUUUUUUCUCCUAUAGGUUUUCAGUUUUUGAUUUUCAUUCAUUUAUUUUUUUGGAGACCUUUUUAUUGUAUUUUUUAGUUUAUUACAUUGAAGAUUUUUUUUUAAACAAAUGCUAUUUUAAUAUGUAUUUUACAAUUUAAAAUAGUUUGUGCUUUUAUGUAAAAAUAUUUCAUUUGUAUUCAUGUUACCAUUUUAUAUGUAUGUAUACAGUAUUUAGUAUAUAUGUUUACACUUCAUUUUGAUAUAUUGCGACGUUUUAGUAUUAUUUCAUUUUGUUUACAUAUCUAUGUUAUUUCACUUAUAAAAUUCAUUAUCAGUGUUGGGCACGUUAUUUUAAAAAAGUAAUUAGUUAUAGUUACUCACUACUUCUUCCAAAAAGUAACUGAGUUAGUAACUGAAUUACUCUGUAGUAAAAGUCACUAGUUACCAGGGAAAGUAAUUAUUUCCGUUACUUUAAAAAGAAGUUGUUGUAUGUCAAAGAAUUUGAAAUUUUCUGAGCAGUACUUGAGUCAGUUGAAUAGAGAAGAACAAUCAGCAGUAAACAAUAUAAAGUGAGUUUAAUCAAUUAAAUCUAUCUCUCACAAGCUGAGACAACUGGUCAAGUAGACAUAGCCUACUGUAAUUCAAGUAUUUUGACUUGAAAUAGUGUUUAUAUCUCCACCUCGUAAUGGACAAAUUUUCCUCUGAAUGCUCUGCCAUCAUAUCCCUCUGCAUCUGUUUUGCGUGUGUGUAUUUGCUGCACGCGCUGUUCCGGUUUGUGUGUGAAAACACCGGCUCUGAUUGGCUUACCAUGACACAUGACUCUAACCCUCAGCCAAUCACAAUCACUUCCAUCCCAUCUAUCCAGGUGGUGCAUUCAGGUAGCCUUGUCCCCCUACUCCUCCCGUCACCCUCAAAGCGUCUGUCGUCCUCAAGAUGGAAGCAGCAUUCUUGCUGGCUGACAGUGGGGGAUGGGAACGAGGCUAGCAUUCAGGUGUAGCAAACACAGAAAUGUUAGAAAACUUUGGAAAGCAUUGUCUAAUUGAAUGAGCAGGGACAAACAGCCUGGAGUCAUAAGAAUUACGUGCUGUAAUAUUCUGAAACAGAAUUAUCCGAGGCACCCUAAAGUGCACACGGCGCCAAUAUUGUUUUGCUCACAUGAUGCAGGAGUGAGUUAGAGACACGGCCUGCUGAGAGCCGCACUUUUGUGUUAAUGUUGAAGUUAUUUGUGCUAUUAAAGAAACAGAGUGCCGGCACGUCCUGUGUGGUAUAUUUUUGCUAAGAAAAAGCACAAAACAAAACAUGUGCGCUAUUCUCGAACCUGAACGCACCCCAAGUCUUGGAUGACAAAUAAACAGAGCAGAGUAGACUCGCUACGGCUGGUAGUUUCUUCAAUUUAUUCAGAGUAUGUAACGCACUGCUUUUGACCGUCAGUAACGGUAACGGCGUUGUAACGGCAGAAAAAAUAAUUAGAUUACCCCAUUACUGAAAAAAAUAACGGCGUUAUUUAUAACGGCGUUAUUCCCAACACUGUUCAUUAUUGAGUCUUUUCAUGGCUUAAUCUCACAUAAAUUUACUUCAUUAAAAAAAAAAAAUCACUUUUUUUCCUCCGCCAUUUUAGUUCAAUACAAUCAGUUCACAAUUUUUUAAACUCAAUUUAAGUUUGUUUUUUCUUUAUUUUUCAAACAUUGUUAUCUGUUUUCAUUUGUUUUUUGUUUUUUUUUUCAAAAAUUUUGUUUUAUAAAAUUGUAUUUUAUUUAAUGUUCUUUUUUUUUUUCCUUUUUUUUUUUUUUUUAACCCAAAAUUUUGUUUUCUUGUUUUUUAUAUAUUCCAUAUCAUAUUUCCAUCUUAUAUUUGAAAUGUUUUAUUUUUUUGGUAACCAUUUCAUGUCUGCUUUCAUUUUGAUGACAUUACAAUCUACUUUUUUUCCUUAUU